UAUUUUUAGCACCCUUAUAAAACUAUCAUGGAUACUUACAGCAUUGUCGAUGCCCCAACUUCGGUGGACUACAACACAAAAUGCUGUUGUAAGACCACAGACGAUGUUUAUUACCAGGUUCCAAAGGAAUACUUUUGCUUGAAUCAGAAUUUGAUAAGGCGAAAGCUGCCGUUAAAUGAACCUUUCCAGGUUCCUCUUAACCGCCGUACCUUUGAACCACUUUUAAAACUAUUGGAAAAGGCAACACUUCUUUCCUCCGCUGCAGUUGAGGAUGAAGCUAGAGGUACGAAAAGUGAAAGGCCGGAAUGGAUGCGUGAUCUUAAUAAACGGGAGGAAAAAUUUGUGAGCACCUGUCUUGGUAUUACGAAUUGGGAUGGUAAAGAUGUUGCUUUUUAUGAAGAGACGUUGCCUAAGAUCGAUCAGGUGGUUUGGGUUAAAGUUACACAAGUUAACGACACUUCUGCUGUUGUUCAGUUGCUUGAAUACAGCAAGCGCGAAGGAAUUAUUCCUUAUACUGAAAUAACACGGAGGCGUGUUCGCUCUAUGGGCAGACUCAUUAAAGUUGGUCGCUGCGAAGCUGCACAAGUUAUCCGUAUUGAUGAGGAAAAGGGAUAUAUUGAUCUUUCGAAAAAGCAGGUUAUGGGUAGUGAGGCAAAAGCAUGCGAAGCAAAUUUCCGAAAAGGUAAUGAGGUACGCUCCAUCAUCUGCCAUGUUGCAGAGGAAUGUGGUAUUCCCGCCUAUGAGGCGAUGGAGAAAAUUGCUUACCCGUUGUACCGCCGAGAGCCCAAAAAGCAUUCCUGGAACUGGCUUUACGAACUUAACCAAACGCAAAAUAUUGAUGAAAUAUUGGGUCCUCUGGAUCUUUCGAAGCAGCUUCAGGAUAGCCUCAUGUCGUGUCUUCGGAAUGCUAUGCGCCUAAAAGUGCUAACGCUUCACGCAGAAGUUGACAUUACAUGUUUCACAUGCGAUGGCGUUGAGGCCAUUCGCGACGUUUUGCUUAUCGGAAAGAACUAUGGUGAGGGGAGGGAGCCUCAUGUUACCAUUACCGUAACUAUUAUCGGCCCGCCGAAAUACGGUCUUCGUGCACGGACCGAUAUGAAGGAGGAGGGUCUGCAAUUGAUGAAGGAAUCAAUAGACGCAAUGAAGAUUGAAAUAGCAAAGCGUGGGGGGCAAUUGAAGGUUGUGACUGCACCUCAAGCGAUUGGAGAGGAAGAUGGUCCAGAUAAAAAUGAUGAACAAGAAGGUGAAGAGGAAACUGAAUAAAUAAGUUUUGGGGUAUAGAUAAUUUCUGUAAUUUAAAUGUCAUAAGAUCUAGUUUAGUCUUCUUAAGAGCUGACGUUUCCAGAAUAAUUAAUUGUUCCUAUAACUCUAAGGUGCCUGGUGAAAAUUUUGCGUCUCUGCAUGUGUUGACA